AUGAAAUCCCAGAUCCAUCACGCUACCAGCGCUGCCCCAGAGAUCGACAGACUGCUCGAGGGCGCUCUGAAGACACCCUUCACCGCUCGCAUCUCUGAUACGAGGGUAUCUAACCCAGGAAAAAUCAAAGUACCAAAGUACGAUGGUACGACUGAUCCUAAAGCGCACCUUCAGGCUUUCCACAUCACGAUGGGAAGGGCCAGACUGAAGGAUAGCGAAAAGGACGCCGGCUACUGUCAUCUGUUUGUCAAAAAUCUGGAAGGAGCGGCGCUCGAAUGGGUUAGCGGGAUAAGCGACAAGGUGGCCAUAGAAGCACUCAGUAAAACGCUCUGGUACAAGUCGAAAUUCAGAAAAUGGAUAACCCUCGAUAAACCACGGAAAAUCCAAGACACCCUCCACAAGGCAACAGACUACAUCAUAAUCAAAGAGGAAACAAAAAUUUUGUCACAGAAGCAUAAACCGACAAAGCCGUCCACGAAAGAUGUAGACCAAAGGACGAAAAAGAAAAGCUCUCGUAACGAUAAGUACGUCCAUCACGAGGGGGAAGAAUUCGAAGGGGUGCAUAACUACACGAUCAAAUCGGAUCAAGGCCAAACCACAUUCCUGGGAGCGAGAUUGGCCGCGAAGCUACUAGCUGGAGAGCUCUCCGAAGUAACCAGCGUAAAAGAUCUCAUCCUCGAGACCGAUCGCCCUCCAAAGACGGACAGGAAUCCACCCGCUGAGAAUUUCCCUCAAAGAAACCAAUCAGGGGAUAAACGCGGAAGAAGACCGGACGACAAAGGAAAUGAUAACAAUCAUCGCAGAGUCAACAUGAUCAUCGGAGGAUCGCAGUAUUGCAACGACACGGUCUCGGCCAUCAAGGCUUACCAGCGAAAGGCCGAAACAACUCGAUAA